AUGGUGCCCCCCCAACGUCGUAACUUAAAGGAGUGCACCAUCGCUGCGGGAGAAGUACCCAUCGUAAGACUGAACAAGAUAAUUUCCUUGGAGAAAAAAAUGUCGAGGAGGAAAUCGGACCAAUUUAUAAAAGAUGGCAAUGUAAAGCUGAAUAACAAAAUUGUUAAAAACCCGGGCACACACAUCGAUGUAAAAAAAGAUAAAAUAAAAAUUUGCGGAAAAACGGUGAACAUUCUCAAAACGCAAAAAAUGAUCAGCCCAAAUGACAGCAGCAUGUACAAGUGGUUUGUUCUUCAUAAGCCGAAGGGACUCCUAUGCACAUCCGAUGACGAGAAGGAAAGGGCCUCCAUCUAUUCGCUCUUCCCUCAGGAUAUACUGGACAACUACCGACUGGUCUCCGUAGGCCGACUCGACCGAAACACCUCCGGCGUGCUCCUCCUCACCAACGAAUACGCUUGGGUGAACAAACUGACGCACCCCAAGUACCAGCGAAUAAGAACCUACAGGGUGCACAUCGAAGGGGCGGCACAAAUGAAAGUCCUCAGAGAGCUAGCCGCAGGGGUAUAUCUGCCGGACGAUGACAGGGGGGGGAAAGUGAAAAAGGGGAUGCAAAAGGGGAUGCAAAAGGGGAUGCAAAAGGGAAUGCAAAAGGGAAUGCAAAAGGGAGUGCCAAAAGGCAUUCAAAAAGGCUUCCCAACAGGCAUGCAAAAGGGCUUCCCAACACAACCGGCAUUUAUUGAAAUACUAAGGCAGGAAACCAUCAAAGUAAAAGACCAAGUCAAACGGGUAAGCGUAUUAAACAUCAGCGUACGUGAGGGACGGAACAGGCAAAUUAGAAAAAUGUUUGAGCAAAUAAACCAGCCGGUGAUUAAGAUAAAACGGACUGCCUUCGAAAAUAUAACCCUCAAGGAUGUCUUCUUCCCCAAGCAGUAUCGAGAGCUCACCCCUCGGGAGGUCUCCGAUUUGAAGGCACGCCGCUUCUAA